AAAAAAGAUCCCAACUAAGAAUCACAAAAAAGGAGGGAAAUCAUUAUUAAAAGCGAAAAGGACAGGGCAGAAGAGAAUGAAACAUAAAUGCCUUGAGUUAUUAGACACUCUUUUGCAUAUGGUUGCACAGUUGCAGGAAUUUUGCUGUGCCCUUCCUAUUUAUCUCCUAACCAUAAUUGUUUCUUUUGAACUUCCAAGAUUCUUAGAAACCCUCCCUAUUGUCCCUCUCUCUCAGUACACUGAAGAUGAUGGAACGUAAUUUCAGAAGCCUAACGUUUAUGCUAUUCAUUUUCUGCCUAAUUUGGUCAUCUCACAUGCACAGUUGCAAUGCAAGAAGAGGCAAGCAUUGGAGGCAAAGAAGAGGUUCCUCAGCUUCUUUGUACAAUAAGAACAGGAUGAGUCAUGGCAGUAGUCACCACCAGAGCGAUGUUGAUAAAAUGAUAUCUCCACCGCCUCCAAAACGUAAAAUUCUACCGCCUCGAAAAGCACCACCGUUGCCUCCAUAUUCUAGUAGGCUACCACAUCCUCAAGCUCUUAAAACACCACCACUUCCAUCUCCAAAUGCACCACCACCUCGUCCAUAUCCGAAUAAGCCUCCAUCUCCUAAUGUACCACCUCCACCGCCGCCUCCAUCUCCAAAUGCACCACCACCACCGCCAUUUCCAAGUACACCACCACCUCCUCCAUAUCCAUAUACACCACAACCACCACCCCCUCCAUCACCAAAUACACCACCGAUUCCUCCAUAUCCAAAUACACCACUACCACCAGCACCUCCCCCAUCUCUAAAUGCACCACCACCUCCUCCAUCUUCGAAUGCACCGCCCCCUCCUUCAUAUCCCAAUACACCACCACGACCACCUCCAUCUUCAAAUGCACCAGCACCUCCUCCAUAUCCAAAUGCACCCCCACCACCACCACCACCUCCAUCUCCCAAUGCACCGCCGCUGCCUCCGAAUGCACCACCACCUCCUUCAUAUCCCAAUACACAACCACUCCCACCUACACAACCACUCCCACCUCCACCUCCAAAUGCACCUCCGCCUCCUUCAUAUCCCAAUACACCACCACUACCACCUCCAUCUUCAAAUGCAACAGCACCUCCUCCAUAUCCAAAUGCACCCUCACCAACACCUCCAUCUCCCAAUGCACCGCCGCAUCCGCCAUCUCCGAAUGCACCACCGCCUCCUUCAUAUCCCAAGACACCACCACUACCACCUCCAUCUCCAAAUGCACCGCUGCCUCCUUCAUAUCCCUAUACACCACCACUACCACCUCCAUCUUCAAAUGCACCGGCACCGGCACCUCCUCCAUAUCCAAAUGCACCCCCACCUCCAUAUCCAAAUGCACCACCGCCACCUCAAUGCCGAAACGCACCACUGCCACCUCCAUUUUUUAAUACACCACUGCCUCCUCCAUUUUUGAAUGCACCACCACUUACAUAUACCAAUACACCACCACGGCCGCUGCGUCCUCCAUCUCCGAAACCAACAUCGCCUCCUAAAGCACCACCUCAAAAAGCAUCGCCUUCAUCUAUAAAAUCAACACCCCCUCCGAAAGCACCGCCUCAAAAAGCACCGCCUCCAUCUCCAAAAGCACCACCACCCCCGGUUCCUAAACCUUCUGCUGUGUUUGAUGUACUAAAAUUUGGCGCCAAGGGAGAUGGAGCUAGCGAUGACACAAAGGCAUUUCAAUCUGCGUGGGCAGCUGCGUGCAAAAUGGAGGCGUCCACAAUCACAGUCCCAUCAAAAUUCACCUUCCUUGUGGGACCCAUUUCAUUCGCUGGUCCUAACUGCCAACCAAACAUUGUCUUCCAGCUUGAUGGUACUAUAAUCGCUCCAACGAGCUCCAAACCUUGGGGUUCAGGACUCCUUCAGUGGCUUGAAUUUACAAAGCUAAAAGGAAUCACAGUUCAAGGAUCAGGCACCAUUGAUGGAAGGGGCUCAGUCUGGUGGAAAGAGUCCCCAUAUGCUGCCCCCACAGACGAAGAAUCAAGACUCCUUGUCCCAUUAAACAACAGGGUCGAAGAAAACCCACCAAUAAGCAGUUCACUUGGUUUGAAAAUGCCAACCACUAAGCCAACAGCAUUUAGGUUCUACGGGAGUUCUAAUGUGAUAGUCAAAGGCAUAACAAUUCAAAACAGUCCCCUCUGCCACCUCAAGUUUGACAACUGCAUAGGAGUUUCAGUAUUCAAUAUGAGCAUAUCUUCUCCUGGAGAUAGCCCCAAUACUGAUGGCAUCCACUUGCAGAAUUCCCAGAAUGUCUUAAUCCGCAAUACUAAUCUUGCCUGCGGCGAUGACUGUGUUUCUAUACAAACUGGAUGCUCAAAUGUCUACAUACACGAUGUUAACUGUGGCCCUGGACAUGGAAUCAGCAUUGGAGGGCUAGGAAAGGAUAAAACCAAGGCUUGCGUGUCAAACAUUACUGUUCGAAAUAUCAAUAUGCAUAACACAAUGACUGGUGUCAGGAUAAAGACAUGGCAGGGUGGGUCAGGGUCUGUGCAAGGAGUAUUGUUCUCAAACAUUCAAGUUUCUGAAGUCGAAAUCCCAAUCGUAAUUGACCAAUACUACUGCGACAGCAGAAAAUGCAAGAACCAAACAUCUGCAGUGGCUCUAUCAGAUAUCACAUACGAAAAGAUAAGUGGAACGUACAAGGUACAACCGGCAUACCUUGCCUGUAGUGACAGCAUCCCGUGUGUGGAUGUCAUUCUCUCUGACAUAGACCUCAGCCAACUUCAAGAAAAGUAUCACAUGGAUGAUGCCUUCUGUUGGAAGACUUUGGGAGAGUUAAAAGGUCCGGUAGAGCCUCCCAUUGGCUGUAUACAGGAUGGCGAGCAAUCACGAAACUGGAAUAAAAAGGAUCAAUAUUCAUGUCAAGCAUAGCCUAGGUAUAUUCUGGUGUAUUCACGUGUGUGGUCGGUGUGAUUUCCUGACCCCUUUCACACCAUCAUGUAGCAAGGUAAUUACGAAUACUUAGUAUAGACCUAUUAGUUGUAGGGAUUCUACUAGGACCAUAUUGGUUCCCAUUGUGUGAACAUACAAUAUUCUUGGUAGAUAAGAGCAUGAUAGUAGGAAAAUUGCAACCUUAUCUGCUUAGAUUUAACUGUCCAUGUCACAUGCACACACCCACACGCACAGGUUCUAACAAAGUAAAUCUCCAAUUCCAAACAGGCCAAACUUUCAAUCAGUGAGCAAAUGACAAGUCGCUGGACAUUAGAAGACUGAGUUAAUGACAAGCAGAUGAGUUUUCGAUCCAAAACAUAUGGAUGGGCAAGCAUCAUCAGGAUUUUAAUAGAAUUUUCAUGGGAGAGGUUAUUGUUGUUAUUUGUAUGAAUUUAGUGUACACAGUUCUGGCAAAGUAAAUACGGAAAAACAAAUUCAAGCAAUAACAAGACUACAAAAGGCAUGCAUUGACACUACAACAUUGAUGCCAAAUAACUUAAUAUGCAAGAAGGGGACAAACCAGAUAAAGUAAUUACCAGUGAAGGUUCACACAGAUGGAAAUAGACAAGGAUGUUAACUCCUGGGAUGGGAAUACUGGUGCACAGAAACAGUAGGCAAGAUAAAUGAAAGUUAAUUCAUUCAUCAUGAGAAGGAAACAUCAAAUUCAGCAUUUUUUUUUUCGAUCCAUCUGGAUAUUUCUCCCUACCAGUCCCCAAGGCUGUGCAGAGAUAACUGGAGCCUCCACCCUCAGAGUAAUUCUGCUGUUUACACCAAAAAAAAAAAUUAUUACUCCAGCUCAUUGCAAUUAAUUAGAUAUGUAUCUCUCUCGACCAGCAUAAUCAUGAUUUACCCCUUGAAUGAGCAGCUGGAGAGGUGGAAGCCAGCAAGAUAACUAUGUAGUAAAAGAACUCCAUACAACAAAAAUACUUGUCAAAAUAAAAGAAGAGGGGAAGGAGGUGCUUGCGACCUAAGUGUGC